CACAUCCAUUCUCCCGUCUAUAUUCCAGGUGUAUAAAUAGAAGAGAACUGCGUAGAAUCAUGGCCAGUACAAAGAAACAAUCAGCAUAGAACCACACACAAGAUGAGAGCACAUUUGUCGAAAUUCCUUCUGUUUACUUUGUGCUGUUCCAUCGGCUUGGACUGGAGUACAGCCUUCUUUUUCAAGACGUACAAAAAAUCUGGACUGAGUAACUACAACAACUAUGGCUAUGGCUAUGGCCAUGGCUAUGGCUAUCCUGGAUACAAUAAUUAUCCAUCAUAUUCAUCCUAUGGCCAGUAUGGUGGUGGACGUCCAAAGAAAAAUCAACGAACUGGACGCACUUACUCGCAAAUAGCACGCGUCUUAAAACCUGAUCCUUACUUAGGACUUGGAGCUGCCCGUUAUGUGCCACGUGCUCCUUAUUCCCCACUUUGGGGUUGAGUAUUCUUCUCGAAAUCAUUAACUUUAAGCAGUAUUAUUUAUGCCUAAUAAACUAGUUCAAGUUCUUUAAACGUAAUCGCCAAAAUCGACUGUAAGAAACUGUUUAAAAUACUUGUGACCAAGUAAACCACUUUAUGAUCAGACUUCCCCUAGUCGCGUGGAGCUGAUCGCUGAUACGUGACUGAAAUACGAGAGGCAGCUUAAACUCGGCUUAGUGGCUAAUUGUAAGUGAAUUUUUUGAAUAUAUUAAGAAUUA